AUGUGCCAAUCCCCACUUCACGACUUCAUCAAGGGCCUGCCAAAAUGCGAGCACCACGUCCACCUUGAGGGCUGCUUAACCCCAGAACUGAUCUUCGAACUGGCGGCGCGAAAUGGCAUCACCCUCCCAACAGACCCGGUCUACACCUCGGUCUCAACCCUAAGCAAACGAUAUGAACAUUUCACCUCAUUGGACGACUUCCUCCACUUCUACUUCGAAGGCAUGGCUGUCCUCCGCAAUGAGCAAGAUUUUGCCGAUCUAGCCUGGUCCUAUUUCCAAAAGGCGCAUUCAGACGGCGUCCACCACGCAGAAGUCUUCUUCGACCCGCAAGUCCACGAAGACCGCGGCAUUCCCUACGAAACCAUCGUCGGCGGAUUCUCCAAGGGCUGCCAACGUGCGGAGAAAGAACUCGGCCUGUCAACGCGCCUGAUUCUCUGCUUCGUGCGCCAUCUCCCCGUUGACUCGGCCAAGGGUGUUUACGACGAAUUACUUGCCUCCAAGCACUUCGAAGCUGGCGUCGUCCACGGUCUUGGAUGGUCCUCCUCUGAGGUUGGUCCUGCAAAGGACAUGUUCCGUGAUAUCUACGCCGAUGCAAAGGAGAAGGGUAUCCCGCUCACAGCCCAUGCCGGCGAGGAAGGCGAUCCCACUUACAUCAGCACGGCGCUCGAGCUUGGUGCCACGCGCAUUGAUCAUGGCAUCCGGCUUGUGGAAGAUGAGGAGUUGAUGAAGCGCAUUGCGCGCCAGGGAACUUUGCUGACUGUCUGCCCGUUGUCGAAUGUGCGACUGCGCUGUGUGAAGUCUGUGAAGGAGGUUCCCAUUCGGAAGUUCUUGGAGGCUGGUGUGAAAUUCUCUAUUAACAGUGAUGAUCCUGCUUACUUUGGUGGUUAUAUCUUGGAUAACUACUGUGCCGUGCAGGAGGCCUUUGAGUUGAAUGUUUUGGAGUGGAGGAUCAUUGCCGAGAAUAGUGUCCAGGAGAGUUGGAUCCCUGAUGAGAGGAAAGCGGCUCUGUUGGAGAAGAUUGAGGCUCACGUGAAGGAGUAUAUGUGA